AUGGUAGAGACAAAUCCUAGCACAGCCGAACCCAUCACAAAUCCGGUAAAAACCCAUGUCAAAGACCCAAGAAUGGUUGAGGCAGGACGAAGGCUUGCUAAGAUCAGUCAGGAGGCAAAAGCCAGGAAGCGCGCACAACGCAAAGAAGCAGCUAAGGAAGAACAAAACGCUCUGGACACAGAGAAUAGAUGUUAAUGGUCUGUUAUUACACUGCAGAGAGUUGGUAUGGUGGUAGGUAUUACUGUAGGACUCGGAUCCCUAUACGUCAUGUGGUGUAAUCGUCGGGAGAAGAGCGAAAAGACGGAGGAGAGCAAAUCCACAGAGGAACCACAGCCUACACCAAAACCGCAGGGUAGUGCAGACCUGUUUGACUAAAAAUGGAAAUAGAGGGUAUAAUAAAACAAUAUCACAGUUAUUCUUGGACAUACUGACCUUUUCCAUAGCAGCCGGAACCGUACUGAUUUACAUCCACACGGUUGAGGCGACAGAAGCCAAACGCAAGGCGAUAGAAGCCGAAUGCAAGGAGAGUGAAGACAGGAUGCUUGACACCUUGGAAACAAGAUUCUCUCUAAUCCUGGAAAAGAAGCUGAAAGACGAGAAUGCUUAG